AUGUCAGACCUAGACCGGCAGAUAGAGCAGCUGAAGCGCUGCGAACCAUUGAGCGAAUCGGAGGUGAAGGCUCUUUGCCUCAAAGCGAUGGAAAUUCUCGUCGAAGAAAGUAAUGUUCAGAGAGUUGAUGCUCCUGUUACUUUAUGUGGUGACAUCCAUGGGCAGUUCUAUGACAUGAUGGAGCUUUUCAAAGUUGGGGGUGAUUGCCCUAAGACCAACUAUUUGUUUCUUGGAGAUUUUGUUGAUCGUGGAUAUUAUUCAGUCGAGACAUUUCUACUUCUACUCGCUCUCAAGGUUAGAUAUCCAGACCGUAUAACUCUCAUCAGAGGCAACCACGAAAGCAGGCAAAUCACACAGGUUUAUGGAUUUUAUGACGAAUGUCUGCGUAAAUAUGGCUCUGUAAAUGUCUGGAGAUACUGCACCGACAUUUUUGACUACAUGAGUCUUUCAGCUGUUGUUGAGAACAAGAUAUUCUGUGUUCAUGGCGGUCUCUCUCCAGCUAUAAUGACUCUUGAUCAGAUCAGGACGAUUGACAGGAAGCAAGAAGUACCACAUGAUGGUGCCAUGUGUGACCUCCUAUGGUCUGAUCCUGAAGACAUUGUUGAUGGCUGGGGUUUGAGCCCUCGUGGUGCCGGAUUCCUUUUUGGCGGCAGUGUUGUCACGUCUUUUAACCACACGAACAACAUAGACUACAUAGGCAGAGCCCAUCAACUAGUUAUGGAGGGUUACAAAUGGAUGUUCGAUAGCCAGAUUGUGACAGUGUGGUCAGCCCCGAAUUACUGUUACAGAUGCGGUAAUGUGGCUUCGAUUCUAGAGCUCGACGAGAAUCUAAAUAAAGAAUUCCGUGUGUUCGAUGCAGCACAGCAGGACUCGAGAGGACCUCCCGCCAAAAAACCUGCCCCUGAUUACUUCCUAUAA